CCAUUCUCAAUAAAUGCUGAAUAAAAUAAGGAUAAAGAAACAGGAGAAAAAAACAGUAUCUUUUAGCUUUCGUUUCAUUUCGUCUCUCUUUCUUUCUCUCUCUAGUGAUUAAAGGAUAGGUAGCAGCCACAAAUAUCCACUAUCCCAAAACACCAAACCUUCUUUGAGAAAAAAAGGAAACAAAAAAUGGAUUGAUUAAUUCGAAUCUUUAUCGAAUUAGGACACUUUGUUACCCCAUUUCCGUUUGAAUCAAUCAGGUGAUCUGUGUUUGUUUUGGGUUUACGAUCUUUGGGUCGUUGGUAUCUUUCUGUGAUUUCGGAGCUUGUAAAAUCACUGGUGAGAGCGGCUACGUAUUACUGGAAAACUGCACCUUUCUGAUUAGGCUUUCUAGGGUUAAGUUGGAGCUCUCAUUUUUGUUUAUUGCCUUGAUCGUUUAGUUAUAAUGUUGUUCUAAAGUUUAACUUGUGGGUUUUCUAUUCAAGGAAUAAAGGAAUGUUUACUUUGAACUUAAUGAUGCUGAAGUUUUGAGUGAUAACUAUGGUAAUUAUAUUUGGAAAUUUGUUAAUCUGUUUUAUUAUUAUUGAUGGAACUGAACUUCUUUUAGUGGUCCUUAUUAAGUUAGGGUAUUUUAGAAUUGGGAAAUAGAUAAAGGUAGGAAAAGCUUUGAUUUGCUGAAACUUAUUAUCUUCCAAAAGGGGGCUUAGAUCAUUGUGAUCUGUUUAUGGAAAGUAUUUAUUACCGUGAGAGGAUUACUAGAACUCUUUUUGUGGAUUAACAUUUAUUGUUUGGGGAUGAAAUUUUGUUCUGAUUCAAAGUAAAUUUGUUGCUUUUGAAUUUCUAUUGCUUUAUUUGUUUAUUAACUUAUUACUAUUUUCGCAGACAAUGUUGAAUUCUUUGAAAUGAAAAAUGUGUUUACUUAUAUUGAACUUUAUCUUCCCUGAUAUUUAAUUAAUAUUUUUGUUUUCCGUUUACCUUUCCCUUUUGCUACAACAAGAUUAGAGUACUCUAGAAAAUCUGUUUGGUUCUAUAUUCUCUCUCUACUGCUGCAGUGGGGGGUUCCAAUCCUGGCUGAUGUCUUUCUCUUUCAGUUUUUUUGUCAUGGAAGAUAAGCAGUCGGUUGCAACACUCAUAGACUCAACAACUACUAAGAUACAGCAACUUCAGAAAGCAUUUGCUGAACUUGAAAGUCAUCGUGCUGUAACACUUAAUCUGAAAUGGAAAGAACUUGAAGAACAUUUCCAUGGGCUUGAGAAGUCCUUGAAGAGACGCUUCCAUGAAUUGGAAGACCAAGAAAAGGAGUUUGAGACAAAAACUAGGAAAUCUCGAGAAAUGUUGAAGAAGCGUGAAGCUGCUGUUGUUGCUAAAGAACAAGCUUCACUAGUGAGGUUACAAGAAAUGAGAGAUGCUGCUGUUUUUGCCAUUAGUAAUGCUCUAGAGAAGCAUAGGAAAGUAUCACCUGAGGAGCCUGCUGAUAGCUGUGAUGGAGACAGCGGUGAACUGUCAGUUGAGGAGAAACCACCUGAUUCUGUAGCUUCCGAAAGUAACUCAGAGGAUAUAAAAUGUUCUUCUGAAAAUGGAAAUUUCAGUGUGAAAUCUUAUCCCCAAUUGGUAAAAAUUUGUGAAGAGAUGGACUCUGAAGGACUACACAAGUUUAUAUCAGAUAAUCGCAAGAACCUUGCUGCCUUAAAGGAGGAAAUUCCUUGGGCGUUGAAGGCUGCAGCAAGCCCAGCUUAUUUGGUCCUGGAAUCUUUGAAAGGCUUUUACCUUUUAGAAGCACCAAAUGUGGAUCGAAAGAAAGAUUCAAAUCUACUGGGUCUUAGGCGAACCUGUAUUAUGUUGAUGGAAUGUCUUAGCUUUUUGUUAAGGAAUAUGGAUAUGGUUUCUGUUUCUGCUUUAAUCUCAGAAGAUGUUAGGGGGCAGGCAAAGUUAAUUGCUGAGGAAUGGAAACCAAAGUUGGAUGCUCUUGACAUGGAUGCUAGUAAUGGUAAUUCAUUGGAAGCUCAUGCAUUCCUGCAACUUCUUGCCACUUUUGGUAUUGCUUCUGACUUCAAUGAGGAAGAACUCUCAAGGCUGAUACCAAUGGUCUCUCGUCGUCGUCAAACAGCUGAUCUCUGCCGGUCCCUUGGUUUGUCUGAAAAAAUGCCAGGUGUAAUUGAGGUUCUGGUGAAUAAUGGAAGGCAGAUUGAUGCAGUUAAUCUGGCUUUUGCAUUUGAUCUUACAGUGCAGUUCUUGCCUGUACCUUUACUGAAGGCCUACUUGAAGGAGGCAAGAAAAGCUUCUUCACCUCUUAAGCCUGGAAAUUCCUCUUCUACUGCUCAGAUUGAGUUUAGUGAGCGAGAGUUGGCAGCUCUGAAGGCUGUAAUCAAGUGCAUUGAGGAGCAUAAUAUUGAGGAGCAAUACCCUGUUGAUCCACUUCAGAAGCGGGUUCUCCUAUUGGAGAAGGUUAAAGCAGACAAGAAGGGAUCAACUGAAGCUGCAAAGCCUCAAACAAAGAGAGCUCGUGCCAAUGGUGCAGGAUAUGGUCCACGAGUCACUAAUGUAGCUGCUGACAAACCAUUCUAUUCUAGAACCACUGAUAGGUACCCGCAGUACGUUUAUGACAGACCCUAUGUUUACUCCGGACCUGCUGACAACCACUGCCCCUCUCUUCUUGGUUCUGCCACCUACAACUUCUCUCCAAGUCAUGGUAACUACUUCGGCUACCAGUAUCAGGUUCCCUAUCUUCACUAAUUUCCCAAAAAAUGGCAAAAAGGUGACUGUGAUCCUCUCACAUUAACUAUUAGCCUUAACCUUCCAUGUUGCAGUGUAUGAAUGAAUUUAGUAUUAAAAAACCAACAAAAAAAAGAAAAAGAAAAAAAUGCCUUGUUAAUUUUAAUAUGUUGUACAAGAAGAUAUUUUGAUCCUCUAAUAUAUGCACUGUGUUUGUAUGUA